AUGGAUGCCCUGGCACUAGAAGCCACCGGUGGUAAAAAGGCAGCCAAUGGGGCAGCAGCAGCUGCCCCCGUGCCAGCUCCUGUCCCUGUGAAACGCAAACCUGCUAAAAAAGCUAAAAAAGCUGUUGUUUUCUUUGAGGUGGAGAUACUGGAUGCCAAGACCAAGGACAAGCUCUGCUUCUUGGACAAGGUGGAGCCAAAUGCCACUAUUGGAGAGAUUAAAUCGAUGUUCCACAAAAGCCAUCCUCAGUGGUACCCAGCCAGACAGUCUAUUCGCCUUGACCCCAAGGGGAAGUCUUUGAAGGAUGAAGAUGUUCUCCAGCAUCUUCCUGUGGGUACCACAGCAACUUUGUACUUCAGAGACCUGGGAGCACAGAUCAGCUGGGUGACGGUCUUUCUAACAGAGUAUACUGGUCCUCUGGUCAUCUACCUGAUGUUCUACUUCAGGGUUCCUUUCAUUUACGCACCCAAAUAUGACUUUACCACCAGUAAACACUGGGUGGUACACCUUGCCUGUAUGUGUCUCUCUUUCCACUACGUGAAGAGACUCCUCGAGACUCUGUUUGUCCACCGCUUCUCCCAUGGAACAAUGCCGCUACGUAACAUCUUUAAGAACUGCACGUAUUAUUGGGGCUUUGCAGCAUGGAUGGCCUAUUACAUCAACCACCCUCUGUAUACACCACCCGUUUAUGGAGAGCAGCAGAUAAGAAUGGCCCUCAUCCUAUUUUUGUUCUGUCAGAUUGGCAACUUUUCCAUUCACAUUGCUCUGAGAAACCUCCGUCCUCCAGGCUCCAAGACCAGGAAGAUUCCUUACCCAACAAAGAAUCCCUUCACCUGGGUAUUUUUGCUUGUCUCCUGCCCCAACUACACUUACGAGCUGGGAUCCUGGCUUGGUUUCACUUUGAUGACACAGUGUCUGCCUGUGGCAUUCUUCACUCUGGUGGGUUUUAUCCAGAUGACUGUCUGGGCCAAGGGCAAGCAUCGCAGCUACCUGAAAGAGUUCCGUGACUACCCUCCUCUCCGCUCACCCAUACUGCCGUUUAUCCUGUAGAGGGCAUCUUGGGAACUUGCUCACCUACCCAACUCUACCAAAUUGUAGGAGCCAAGUACAUGACCAGAAAGCUACGUCCUCUUGUCUCCACCAGACAUUAAUAUUGUUCAC